CACCAACCACCUCCAUUGUAUUAUCCCACCUUUCACACAAUGAGCAGACCAAGUUCCACAAGCAGUCUGCCAUCCUAUGCUUCAAUUUUGAACAACCGCCGCAGUUCUCCCGGCGUUUCAAACUUCAUAGGCUCCCGCUCCCGCCCCUCUUAUAAAAACCACAACGCGUCCCGCCAGCCGCCCACUUCACCUCCUCCCCCUCCUAUCGCAUCUUCAGCCCCGCCAGUACCUCCUGCACAGGUGACGGCCACCGAGCUUGCUACAAUGGAAGAAUAUUACGAAGCGGAAUCAGACUCCCGAUCAAACACCCCGCGCCCCGUACGGUCCACGGACUUCCGUCAGAUCUUGGAGGGCAGCGAGUAUGACGUUUUCGAAGAGGACACUACUAGCCUCGACGAGAGCACUAUAAAGUACGAGGAUGACAACAGAAUCUCGCUAGUCGGCGACUCACCGGCCCCCUGGAGGGGCGGUGAUGAGCGGCCGAGGUCGAACUCAGGAAAAAGUGGGAAGGAGAAGGUGGUUAAUACUGAACUGAGGCUUUGGGAAAAUGCUAGUGGGGAUGAGUAUUAUGAAGAUGGAGAUGAGGAGGGUGGUUUUGAUGAUGCUGGGGAGUACGCUGACGAUUCCCAGGGUGGUGAUGGGGAUGGGAGACUGCAGGGUGAGGAGGAGGUGGUGGUGGAUGAUUUAGGUGGUAUUUGGGAGAGCGGGAGCCCAACUAUUUCUUCUAGAGGGUGGCCAGAGCAGAAGAGUCGCGAGAAGGAGGGGAGGGGUGCUGUAUUGUCGUAUAGGAACGGCAGGCCUGAAAGUAGGGAGAGCAUGUUGGGAAAGGAUCAGGAGGAUCGUUUGCACAGCUAUAGGCCGCAGAGGAGAGAGCCAGCUCCCGAGCGACAGGCAAAAGCAGCCGAGCAAAACAAGAGUCCCAGUCAGGAUCGCAACGCAGAUUUUACUCCACUUAUUCCCGACUCGGAGCUUACGGCAAUAGCUUCAUACCAAGAUCUCAUCUCAGCCCUCUCUUCCCUCCGCUCGGCCUCUUACGCCUCGAUUCCCCAAACCCAGUUACCCACCGAAAUUACUGAGCUGGCAAACUCCUACUAUCCCCACGACACGUCUAAGCCGUCUAACUUCUUCAAAAAGCUUGACGAUAAGCAACACGCCGCAGUGGGGGACUUUAUCCUCAGCAAGAAGCGUGAAACUGAAAUUCUGCUUGCGGAUUGCGUCACCAAACGAAGAGCUAUGGUUGAAGGAAUGAAAGAAGAGGUUGAGAAAGUUGCAGAAGUGCGGGUUAAGAAGUUGAGGAUGACCGAGGAACGGAGGGAAGUUUUAAGAGGCGGGAUCGGAAAGGUAUUGAGGGAGAGUGGAUUGAUUUUAUGACUUGAUCUUUCAUACGUUGAUGGCGUUUGGUUUAUUGUGGAGGAGCUGGGGGCAGUUGCUUUUGUUGGCCGGUUGGCAUUGGAACGGAGGGAUAAUUCUUUGCUCAUUUGAUGUAAUUUAUACCAAGGGGG